AUGCAGAACCAAAGGAGCUUCAAGUCCAUUCAUGCUACCCUGUUCAUGCUGCUAUCCUGCCUCGCCUACUCAUCAGAAGUUUGCAUCGGCUCGUACAGGAAUGAAGGCCUGCAUGCCAGGACUGGUGAUUGGGGAAGAGCGCAGAAGACCGUGGUGGCUGAGGUUGGACGAGUAGACUUAAUGAGGAUAAGAGGAGGGGAGGCUGUCACGGGCAGAAAGCUUCCUCCCCCCUCCACAGAUGCGGAGGGUGAAGUGGUGCUUGACGAAGAGGCGAAGAAGUUUUAUGAGACAACGAUGAUGGCGCCAACGAAGAGAUUGGUCCAGCUGAUCACGACCAUGAAGAAAGAGUUCGUGGACCUCAAGACCCUCAUGGAUGUGCACAGGAUGAUGAUACACAAUCAAGAGAAGUGA